AUGUUUUCACUUAGUUCACUAUCUAGCAGUGGUGGACAUUCAGAGCAGAAGGAAAGAGAGAAAAUAAGCUAUUUUGAUAUAAGAAUAAACUCCCCGUAUAAGGACAUAAUUUUGAUCCAAGGAUCACCGUUGGAGCUUUCAUCUAUACCGUUAUCAGGCAACCUAGUGAUUUCAGUGAAAAAUGAGAUUGUGGUUAAGAAAAUAUCGCUGAGAUUAGUGGGGAGAUUUAAGUUGGAAUUUUUGCAAGUUGGUCGAUAUAAGAAGAAUAGCAGUAGUUUGGCAAGUUUAGUAAAGGAAAAACGUAAGAUUUUCGAAUGCUAUUGGGACAACUUAUUGGUUUCCUCAAAGGGAGAUGUUUUGGUCGGUGGUGAUAACACGGAAAAUCAACACAAUAGUAGCAGCGGUGGCAGCACUGGUAGUCAAGAUAUGGACACCAACGGUAAUGCAAUGUUUCUAAGCAAGAGGUCGUUAUCGAGUCCUGUUUUCAACAAAAUAAUUCGAAGAAAGACGCAUUCUUCCCACAGAAAAAUACUGGAAUUACCAGAAAAUGGCGUUACAGGAACCCCUUUCGAAGGGUUGAGGGAAAAUGGUCGCAGUAGAAGUAGUAGUAAUAAUGCUCCUAAUAAUAACAGCAACAAUUAUAGCAACAAAGACGGAUCUGGAAGUUCUUAUUUAUUUCUAAUGAAAAGGGGCAACUAUGAACUACCAUUCAAUACAAUGCUACCUCCAGAAGUGUCCGAAACAAUCGAGGGGCUACAAAGUGGCAGUAUACUGUAUUCCUUCGAAGCCAUGAUAGAUGGACGUCAGCUGUGGGAUAACGACCUAAGCAUUCAUACUUCCUCUCACGGCACAAACGGUAGCCCAAAUACGGGCGGAAAUGGCGUGAGGACGAAGAAUAAAAUUAUCGUCAAGAAAUUCAAAUAUCUGAGAAUCCUUCGUACGUUGUCAAUGGACAAUCUCGCCAUGCAAGAAGAAAUUAGUGUGGGCAAUACUUGGCGCGACAAAUUGCAAUACGAAACGUCCGUCCCAAGUAGGGCUGUUCCUAUUGGUAGCACAACCCCCGUGAAGAUCAAGAUUUUCCCCUUUGAAAAGAACAUUCGUUUGGAUAGGGUAGAAAUGGCGCUAAUCCAAUAUUACGCAAUGAAAGACAGCAGCGGACAAAUCUACGAUGAUGAAAUAGCCGUCACAAAAAUUACGCAUCUAGCGGACUUCGGCCCGCUGACGGACAAACUUGACGUCAAUUGUCCCUUCAAAAUCCCAGACAACCUCAAACAAAUUACUCAAGAUUGCUGUGUGCACGACAACCUGAUCCGUGUCAUGCACAAAUUGCAGGUGCGUAUCCUUUUGCAACGGCAAGUGGAUGGCGAAUACAAGAACCUGGAGAUUAAAGCGCAAUUGCCCAUGUUAUUAUUCAUUUCGCCGCAUCUGCCUAUGAAAGGCCGUCUUGUGCUGUUUGACAAACACGAUGGUAAGAUCCACUUCCGCCCUGGCGAGUUAGUACCCCUUUUUUCAACUACUUACCCCGCGCAGGGUCUGACUCCGGGCCUUGAACUGAACUCCACAGCAACAGCGCAACUCGCGCUGCCGCAGCCGCCGCCAAACUAUCACGAGAGCACUAACGAUCACCUCAUGCCGGCGCUACAGCCGCUCGGCGCCGAUUCGGCGGCGCUGACAGUGCCGUCGUACGAGCAGGCGCAGGCGUCCGCAUCGUCCUGCGCGACAGGGUCCGUACCCGCUUACUGCGACGAUGACUGA